GACGGAGUGUCCCGCGCCCCGGCUGCUGGAGGAGACCGCACUUGGCCACCCAGGGAACGAGGACUCAGGUACUGCCACCACAGGCUGCGGUGAGCUGGUGUGGGUGGGGGAGCCCGUCGUCUUCGGCCGGGCAGAGUCCAUCGCCGGCAAAUACGGUGUGUGGAUGAAGGACCCUGAGCCUGUGCCUCCCUUCACACGGGAGACCACCUGGCGUGUGGACACAGUGGGCACGGAGGUGCGCCAGCUCUUCCAGUACGAGGCAGCCGAGCAGCUGGCCCAGGGCUACCCCACCCAGGUGCACGUCCUGCCCCGCACCCCGAGGGACAUCCCUGGUGCCGGCUACCACGGGCAGUACCCCUACUCCUGGGGGGGCUACACUGACAUCGACCUGGCGGUGGAUGAGACAGGGCUCUGGGUGAUCUACAGCACUGAGAAGGCCAGGGGGGCUAUUGUCCUCUCCAAGCUGGACCCUGAGACGCUGGAGAUCCAGCGGACCUGGGAGACCAACAUCCGCAAGCGGGGGGUAGCCAACUCCUUUGUCAUCUGCGGCACCCUCUACACCGUCAGCAGUUACUCAGCACCCAAUGCCACCAUCAACUUCGCCUAUGACACAGCCACUGGCACCAGCCGGGCCCUUAGCAUCCCCUUCGAGAACCGCUUCCGCUACCUCAGCAUGGUGGACUACAACCCUGCCGAGCG